AUGGCUUCUUCAACUGAGGCACAAAUAGCAAAUCUAUUAAACAUAGCUUCUGAUCCCGGUUCAGAUGCUAAGAAGGUAAUAGAAUCGCUAAUAGCGUUUGAGCAACUAGUCGAGGGUCGAGCCGAUCUCUUUGAACCUCAAACUGCCGCCGCUUUGAACUUUGUGGAAGCGGCAAACGAACAGAUUCGCGAAUGGGCGGUUAGUUUUUUGGAGUAUCUGUUGUCGAGGUCACCGUUUAAUUAUGAGCAGAAGGAAUCAUUAUUACAACGUGCGUUACCAAUCUUAGAGAAUUUAAUAAAAAACGAUCAAUCCUCUGUCGUUGUAAAGAAGACAAUCUCAUGCAACGCCAGUUUAUAUCCAUUCCUGUUCAAAACAAUACUCGCAGAAGGACAACAAACUUGGCGCACUGCAUGCGAGAUAAAGAACGCGAUAAUUUCGUUGCUGGCCAAUCCUAGAACAGAUGAUGGAGUUAAAGUUUACGUAAUAAAAUACCUGCAAGUUGUGGUGAUCGUACAGUCGCGACAUGUUCAAGAUUCGAUGGUUAGACAAUACGAAGAUAUUUCUCUUUCGAUUUGUCCGCCGACGCAUCCUUUUCUUGAUCCACAGUUACUUGAGCAAGAGGCGAUAGCGAUCCUACAUACAUUACUUAUUUUAUUACGUAAAGAAUCUAGCGGUAUAAUAACUGCGGUAAUCAAUAGCUUGGGCCCUCUGUUAAGAGCAAGACCGCAAUACAUCGAGAAUGUAAUUAAUGUAUUUGGUUCGUGGAUGCGCACACCACCUAGCCAUCUUAACGAAAGCCAAAUGGGAAAUGUGGAGAAAUCUAUUAGGAUCUUAUUGAUGUCAUUGUUAAAGGCACAACCUUCAUCGCCGUCAGCUAUGCAGAUAUUCGAUGCUCUAGUUGCAAUGGGAGGAAAACAAGAACUCGCACAAUUCCCCAAACAAUUCCGGCAAUUGUUGCAACAGCAGAAUGAUGGUCGAACUUCAAUGAAACGAGGGGCCACGUCGGGCAUCCCUGAAUUUUCAAAACGUCAACGUCUGGAAGGAAAUGAUAUUAGCAACACAAUAUAUAUAAAUAAUAUCCUUUUUUUUUGGUUUGACGUGACACAGUUCCCAUUGCCUUUGGUCGUAGAGAUUAUACUUGGUACCUUGCAGAAUAUUUCCCCGGGACGCUUAAAUCAGACUGUUUUGCAAGCACAAAGUCAAAAUACACCAUCAACACCACCUCCUCGUUCUUUAACCCCACCUAUAGUCAAUUUGAAAACAACUGCAUUAAGACGCGAAAGUCGUCUACGAGAUCCGCGUCUAAGAGCUGCUGGUGCGGCUGCAUCAUCGUCACCUCCACAAAGUGUUACUGUGUCAGCAUCUACUUCGGUUGUCGAGACAACUUCCAAUGAAGCAUCUCAAAUGUCUUCAACCACUACCAACGUGCAGACUGUUGUUCCUCUUGAGUGUCUCAAACAUGAAGAAACUAGAUCACCUUUACCUAUAACAACUGAAAAAGUGGAUGAGAAAAUAUCUAUCAAAAUAGAAUCUGAACCUGAAUCACAGUUAAUAAUACAAAUUGAUUCUACGACAAAACUAUCAGAAUCAAUAUUGAUAGGUCAACAAGAACUUCCAUUCUCACUUCCACCGCCUGGACCUCUAUCCUUUGAGGAAUGUAGAUCUCUGAUGAAAUCACGUGUGAAAAGCAUUUUUAAUGCGGAAACAAGACUCCCUACUGGUGGCAUGACAACAAAAAUUGAUAGUGGUCCAAAAACCUCUGAACAAUCUGAAUCCUAUGUUAGCCCCGGGAUGACGAAGUCUCAAUGGAUGAUGAUAAUAUCUAGGCUUCUUACGAGAGGUCUAAAUACCGAUUGGGAAAUUAUUAACGAACCUGAGUCGCCUACUAAAUCAGAUGAUACCAAGUCGGUUGCGAAAACCGAGACAGACGCUCAUAUGGAGGAAGUGCAAAGUAAAACCGAACCUGAAGAUAUAUUGAGUGACGUUAAGAAAAUAGAAGAAAAGAAAGAGGAAAGUAAGGAGCAAGUUGAAAGUGGGAAGGAAAUCGAUGCUCGUGAUAUAAAAGAAAAAAAUGAUGAAUUGAGAGAAUUGAUGAUGAAAUAUAUCCUCGAAGAUUUUCGAGGCAGGAUGGAAUUGGCAUUAACCUGGCUAUAUGAAGAAUGGUACCAUGACAAUAUUAUGUUACGAAAUAGCUCGUCAUAUAGUGCCAACUACGCGAAAUGGCUUCGUCGACUAUUGGAUGCUGCCAUGCCAGCACUUGAAGCCAAAGACCAGACGUUCAGUAGCUUCUUACUGGAUGUUCCUGAAUUGCCCGAAGAUGUUGUUGAUCGUGUCAAGAUUUAUUGCAAUGACCCUGAUCGGAUGCAAUUAGGUUUCUCGACAUUAUCUCAAUUAAUUGAGAUGCGACCACCCGUGCGACAAUGUGCCAUGAAUAUUCUGUUGCAAUAUUCUAUUCAUAAAGACCGAAUAACACGAUCAUCGGCGAUUGUAACCCUAAGAAAAUGGUGGGGUGCUCAUGAUAAUAGCCAAAUAGCUGCUGAGAUCCAAUCGUUCGCCAUCAAAUCUCUUAAUGAAUUGUGUCUCGAGUCACCACCACUUCCGUAUGACUACCACUAUCAUUUAGGUUCACCUGUGGCAGAACAAGGGUCAUCAAGUGCUGAGAGACUUGAUCAGGUCACAUCAGCGACAACCAUUAGCGGCAAUGAUGAACUCACUCGGAAAUGGACCGAACAAGAAAUCACGAAGCGUCUAGAACUCUAUUUGGCUCUGGUCGCGAAACAGCACGAAUUGUUGAGCGAACUUUUCAACGCAUACAAAAAUGCAUCAAUUUUUGUACGAAAAAUCAUGACACAGAACAUGAUUCCGGUGAUAAAAUCUAUUGGAAUGAAUUCGCCAAAACUGUUGCAACUUAUACGAAAUUUUCCCGAAGGAUGUGACACGUUGGCGUUGAAGAUGGUUGUGAGCUUGACUAGCGCAAUGAGACCAUCGCCACAAUUAGUCAGCACGGUCAAAUCCGCUAUGGAACAGCGAAAUCUCGACUCGAGAUUUUUAAUACCAAUUAUAUCCGCUUUAGAGAAGAACGAAAUUAUUGUUCACCUUCCCAAAGUGAUUAAUAUACUUGAUGGAACCGAAACUCAAAAAAGACCUGUAAAAGAAGUUUUCACAACUGGUUCCACCACCACACCACCUGCUCAACCCACUACUGCUCCAUUGAUACCAAGUGAAUUACUAUUAGCCUUGCAUCAUAUGGAUGGGCAAGUUAGCCAAGCUAAAUUGGCUGAAGCAAUCAAAGUCUGUUUGUCGAUGACGAAUAUCUUUAAAUCCGAAGUACUGGCUGUUGUCUUGCAACAAUUAGUCGAUGAACCAGAGUUGCCAAAUUUGAUCAUGUUUACUCUGUAUCAAAGCGUAAACUCAUACAAAAGAUUAAUAGGAUUUGUCACAAACUUACUUUCGCGAUUAAUCACCAAAAAAGUGUGGGAUAAUCCGGAUCUGUGGAAGGGAUUUAUUAAAUGUUGUAAAAUCACAUUACCAAAUUCUCUUCCCGUCCUUUCACAACUACCCAUGGAAAAAUUGCAAAUGGUCUUACAAAUGGACCCGUCAUUCAAAGAGCCACUGAAGAAACAUGUGCAAAACUCUUGGAAUGAGAAUCAGAGACGAAAUCGGAUGCCGUAUCUCACUAGUUUGCUUGAGAUUAAUGGAUGA